GCACACAAUGACAGAGUCCGUCCGGUAGAGCAACAUGCCAUAUUCUGGAUAUUUUAUAUGGAUUUUCUUUUCCUCAUGGGGAAUAAUAGCGGGCAGUGUGAGGACUCUACCUCAUGUGAUGAAGUACCAAACAGUGAUACCUCAGAGGUUAAAGGAUUCAUCUCUCAUUGAUAAUGCUCCUACACAUAAGACAUACCCUGAUGUUCUCCAGUACUCCUUGACGAUUGCAGGGCAAAACCACACACUGCAUCUGGAAAAGAACAAAGAUCUUGUUGGGAAAAACUUCUUUGUGACACAUUAUUCUGAUCAGGGCAGCCAAGUCACAACUACACCAGAUCUAAGGGUUCACUGCUACUACCAUGGGCACGUUGUGGGAGUGAAGGACUCCUCUGCUAGUGUGGGACUGUGCUCAGGAAUUAAGGGUUUUGUGCGUCUCCAGGACCAUGUGUACCUUAUCGAACCUCUGGCCGGCGCUGAGGCGGGACAGCAGGACAAGAGCUCUGAAGCUCACAGUGACGAGGGUCUUCACGCUGUUUACAACUACAAACACCUGAGGAGGAAGAGGAGCUCUUGUUCCCAUGGAAACACAACCACUUUCUAUGAUCACGGAGCUCGUCCGUCUGGACUGUUCCAGCUCGGCAGCCUGAGAAGCAGAGCCCAGACGAAAGACCGUACAGGAAAACCCAAGACGGUUGAGCUGGUUGUGGUGGUCGACCACACAGAGUACAAGAAGUUUGGCAGUAAGAAGACAAUAGAGGCCAGAACUCUUGAAAUAGCAAACCACGUGGACAAGCUGUAUCGCCCUGUGGGUGUUCGCGUGAUGCUGGUCGGUCUGGAUAUCUGGACAUAUAGAGAUCAGAUAGAUGUCAGCACAAACCCAGAGGUCACACUCGGUCGAUUCCUUGAGUGGCGCCAGCGGAGCCUGCUGCCGAAGACCAAACACGACAAUGCACAGUUCAUCACAGGUGUGGAUUUCGAUGGUUCCACUGUCGGCCUAGCCAACACCAACGCAAUGUGCACAUCUAACUCUGGAGCUGUCAAUGAGGACCAUAACACUAACUCAAUAGGAGUGGCCUCUACGAUUGCACAUGAAAUGGGUCACAACCUGGGCUUGUCCCAUGAUUCUGAAAACUGUGUCUGCGGCUCCUCAACAUCGAAAAAAGGCUGCAUCAUGGCUGAGAGUGUCGGCCUUGUAUAUCCAGAGCUGUUCAGCAGCUGCAGUCAGCAGCAGCUCAGGAGAUUCUUGGAGGAGGUGAACCCUGCCUGUCUGCUGGAUACUCCCUCUACUGAUCGUGUCUAUGGAGGGCCAGUGUGUGGGAAUGCCUUCCUGGAGCCUGGAGAGGAGUGUGACUGUGGCACUGCUGAGGAGUGCAAGAAUCCCUGCUGCAAUGCCACUACCUGCAGACUUAAUGCAGGAGCCCAGUGUGCAGAUGGAGAGUGCUGCCACAACUGCCAACUGAAACCGACAGGCAGUAUCUGCCGACCAAAGACAGGAGACUGCGACCUGGCAGAGUACUGCACUGGUUUUUCUGCCUCCUGUCCGACUGACGCCUACACCCAGAAUGGCCUGCCCUGCAAACGCGGAAAAGGAUACUGCUACAAUGGACAGUGUCCUUCACGGCAGGACCACUGCAAGAGACUUUGGGGACCAGACGCUGAAGUAGCUCCAGAUGCUUGUUUCUACCAGCAUGGAAACUGCAGAAAAACACUGUUUAGCCAGAGAUGUUCAAGCCGAGAUCAAUCCUGUGGGACGCUUUUCUGCUCCGGAGGGUGGGAGUUUCCAGUGACAUCCAGGAAGUCCUUCUACAAAAUCGCAAAUGGAGAAAUAUGCAAUGAGGCAACCAUGAACCCUGAAGAUAACUACCCUGCAGAUCUUGGCAUGGUGCCUGUUGGUACCAAAUGUGGCAACAGCAUGGUAUGCUACAAUCAACGGUGUCAGGACAUCAAAAACAUUAAAGUGUACGGAACGAAUGACUGCUCCGCCAAAUGCAACAACCACGGGGUCUGUAACCAUGAGAGUAAGUGUCACUGCGACCCAGGCUGGGCCCCACCUUUCUGCGAUGUGGAGCAGUCAGAGCUGCCUGAAGCAGCAGGUCCAGUGGUGUUUAUUGUGUCAGUGGUGGUUGGCAUACUCCUGCUGUCGGCCCUGGUUAUUGGGAGUUUGAUGUGCUGCAUGAGAAAAAGACGACCUGCUAAAAGAUGCUUUCAGUCUACCUCAGGACAAACCAACCCCUUGUUUCGGUCAAGCAGUGCACGGGGCAGCCCUCGUCUCGGGUCCACACAAAUCAGCCAUCCUACGUUCGUGGAGUCUUCAGCCACUCGAGCCUGUAAACCUCUGUACUCUGCUGCUGCCAGACCACAAACUGGAGCACUGAGGCCCAGCAGAGCAGCUCCAGAACCACCUAAGAAGUUGUCAGCUUUGCCUCAACCAUCAAAGUUUGAGCAGGUUGUAAGGCCGUUCAUGCAGGCUGUUUCAAGCAAGCCAGUCUAUACUGAGAAUAAGCCACUACCUCCAUCCAGGCCUCUGCCACCACUUGCAACAAAACCGAUCAUGAAGCCAAAGCCUCCGAUGCCUCCAGUGAAGCCGAAGCCCUCCGCAGUCCGGUCUCCGCUGCCACACACUCAGCUGCUUGCAGGGAGAGCUGCCUUGAUGCCCCCCAGCAGGCCCAGAUGACAGAGGGAAUAAUUCAGCAUGGUGUAAACACUGAGAUCCUCUGACAGAGGACACUGUUGUUGUCCCACCUAAGAAGGACCACGAAAUCCUUUCAGGAGACACAUGUCUGUUUUAAAGUGGAAACCAGAUCCACUGAAGGAUCUGCAACAAUAUGCGACAGAGCUUUUCUGUCAAUUAUGGUCUCCCAGAAGAUUACCGCCGUCUGUGUCUUGCUUAUGUAAGCCUUCAGUAUGUUGAUGACAACCUGAAGCCGUGAUUGACAGACUCAACGUCUGUGCUUAAUAAAUGACAAAUGGCUAUGCAGCCAUCAUGAUGUUCUUUUUUUCUUUUUAAGGGAAAUGUCUCUCUGCCUUGAUCCUUGGAUAUGUGAACACUUUAUGAGGCAAUUGCACUAUCAAUGCUGUAACUGUUUUACUAACUGUUACUAUUCCCUCAAAUUGGUACUUUUUUAAAUGAAAUUAUGUUGUUAAGGGAUUUUGAAAUGUGGCACCAACGUGGGCACUUUACACAUUGUUUUAAUUAAGGACAUACCACAGAAGUUAUGCCUUUUUCUUGAACUUUUUUGUACUAACCUAGGUAUGCUUGAUUUUGUGGGACUGAAUUAUUUCAUGCCGCUGUUUUGUUUUGUGUGAUACCUAUUGAUUGUAAUUCUUCAAGGGAUUUCAUUUUACAUUGCAUAUUCUAUGCAGCAGACACAGUCCUCCUCUCAUAAUGCCAAUGAUUGUGGUGUUUCCUUACAGUGAGGACUGUGCCUCUAUUUGUCCUGCAAACUUUGAACUGAAAUUGUAUUUGAAUCGUUUCUAUUUAUUGAGAUGUUCUUUUUGUCUGUAAAAUGGAGCUUACAAUAAAACUGAAUCACCAAAGUCAGA